AUGACUGAAAUACAAAAUUCUCCAACCGAUAAUAAUGAAUUUAUUCCACCUGAAAUAAAAGAUGAAAUGGAACAACUCUAUAAUGAUGUUCCAUAUAUUCGAUCCAAUUAUAAAUUAAUAGAUAAAAUAGGAGAAGGGACCUUUUCAACGGUUUAUAAAGCGCAAGAUAUCAACCAUAAGGUUACCAAGAAAUAUUUUUCUCAUUUUUGGUCAAGUACUGGCAACUCCAAUAAAUAUGUUGCUUUGAAGAAAAUUUAUGUCACUUCAUCACCACAACGUAUCUAUAACGAAUUAAAUCUAUUAUAUAUUUUAACAGGAGGCUCUAAUCAUGUUGCUCCUCUUUGCGAUGCAGCCAGGGUUAAAGAUCAAGUUAUUGCUGUCUUACCAUAUUACCCACAUGAAGAGUUUAGAAAUUUUUAUAGAGAUUUGCCUAUCAAAGGUAUUAAAACAUAUAUAUACGAAUUGUUGAAUGCAUUAAAAUUUGUACAUUCAAAGGGUAUUAUUCAUAGAGAUGUUAAACCAACAAAUUUUCUUUUUAACCCUGAAUUGGGCCGCGGUGUACUUGUAGAUUUCGGUCUUGCUGAAACUCAGCUGGACUAUCCGUCUGUGAUUUCCUCACCAACAACAACAGCAGCAGCAGCAGCAUUGUCAACAGCAACACAAUCGUCAUCUUCGCAUAACUCUACAAUAGAGCGAUUCUCUGAACAGUUUUGUCCUUGCAUUAUGAGGGAUCUAAAUAAUAAUUCUAUAUCUUCUAUAGAAGCAUCGAUAGCACAUCAUCAAGGUGGUAUGGUGACAAUUCAAAAUGGGAAACUGGUUCAUCUGAAUAAUGUACAAGGUGUAGAUUUAACCAAAGGUUACCCUAAAAACGAAACACGUAGAAUUAAAAGAGCCAACAGAGCAGGAACUCGUGGCUUUCGUGCUCCUGAAGUAUUAAUGAAAUGCGGUUCACAGACAACAAAAAUCGAUAUUUGGUCUGUAGGUGUGAUUUUAUUAAGUCUCUUAUCUAGGAGAUUCCCUAUGUUUCAAUCGUUAGAUGAUACAGAUUCUUUACUGGAAUUAUGCGCUGUAUUUGGUUGGAAAACUUUACGUAAAUGUGCAUCACUACACGGGCUCGGUUUUGCGGUAAACGGAUUGCAUCAUAUUAGAGAAGAACCGUAUCCUAACGGAUUGAAAGAGUUUGUAUAUGAAUUAUUGAAGAAGGAAUGUGAUGUGGGAACAUUUCCAGAAUAUAGUGUUGCAUUUGAAACAUAUCAAUUUUUGGAACAAGAUCUACACGAUCGGGUGUCUAUCGAACCACAAUUACCCGUAGAUGUAAUAUCAGAUGGCAAUGAUGCAAUGGCAUACAGUUUGAAGCAAUAUCAAGAAGAGAUAUGGACUGAUCAUUAUUGGUGUUUCCAAUUACUAGAACAGUGUUUUGAAAUGGACCCACAAAAGAGAUCAUCUGCUGAUGAAUUAUUAAAGAAUGCAUUUUUUAAUGAACUGAAUGAUGAGGAGGACAUCAUUAUUUCAACAUCAAAUAGCGACAAUAGCCACCGUGAUAAUAAUACUAUUAGGGAUCAAAUAGAUCAAAUGAAUGAUAUCACUAAUACAGAAAUAGAGAGUACUGAUGAGGAUGAAAUGAGUAGUGAUAUGGAGGAUAGAUUUCAGGAUGAUGACGAUGUAGUACUUAUUAUUGAUUGA